ACACAAGAAAUUUGAAACCAGGUCAUGUCAUGACAGAUCUUUUGACAAAUGUUCAGAAAAAUCAAGAAUUCAAUGAAAUCUUUUCUUCAAAUGGCGAUGCUUAACUUUGAUAAACACUUGUUGUUGACGAUGUUGUUGAAUCAAGCAAAAUACUUUCCAUCCAACGAGGUAAAACCGUGAUUCUUUUAAGCUGCGAACGAUAAGCUAAUUGGUAAGACGGUUUUGGUUACAAUAGACAUACCACAGCUUCCUGUGUCAUGCAAACAGGCUGAAACAGCAUAGACUGAACACAGUUCGAGAGAUGUUUGUCGUAAAAUACCGAGAUGUUGGACGCAGUUAAAGAUUAUUUAACACCCAAGACAUUCAGUAUCCCAGCAUACGUAUGUUUGAUUGCUCAACUUCUCUGUGGCCCGGUUUUAACUGGCAUUGUUGUUGCUUUGAGAGUCGGAGAGUUUGCGAAAUUUAACUGCGCUGUCGGCCCUGAAAGUGCGGCCUCGUACAAGACGACUGUCGAGAAAACAUGUUAUUCAAGAUAUGAAGAGAAGUAUAACUCUCCACUGCCAUUUUAUGGCUUUGUCAUCCUGAGUAUUUGGUUUCCUAUUUUUGUCGCUGUUAUUUAUUCUCUCUCAGUUCGUAAUCGCGUUGAAGAAAUCAGUGGCUCGAAUGAUGAACCACAAAAUGACGCCGAAGCAGGAAACGAAGUACACAAUAGAAGAUCAUUUUAUGUGUUUUAUUCCUAUUUCUUCCACCUUGUCAUCCGUUUGUUAUUCGGGCUGGUGUUUACCAUCCUCCAGUAUGCUGUGUUUUUCCGCAGUGGUUUCGAUUUUGAAUUCAGUUGUGAUCAACCAGCAUCAGAUGUGACGUCGAAGAUAGCAAAGAAUGCAAGUGUCAGUCAGUUGAAUAGUACAACGUCAACAAUAACAUGCGAGAAUUCUACUGCAUCGGAGAAGCAGUUAUGGGCAGGGAUUGUGUGUGCGUUGAACACGAUUUUUGCCGCGAUAAUAUUCGUAGAAGUGAUUCAUCUUUGCCUACGAUUUCCCAAAAACCUUCGAUUUUGGUCUAAAGAUGGCCGUGUUCAUGACACUGAGUUUAUCACUGUUUAUUUUUCUCGUAAGCGAUACGCACAGGUCAACCAUAAUCCUGACCUUGACCUUGGACUUAACCCUAACCUUGAUCGUAGCCCAGUCCCUGACAGUGAAACCAGCUCUGGCCCUAACCUUGACCGUAAUCCAGUCCCUGACAGUGAAACCAGCUCUGGCCCUAACCUUGACCGUAACCCAGUCCCUGACAGUGAAACCAGCUCUGGCCCUAACCUUUACCGUAACCCAGUCCCUGACAGUGAAACCAGCUCUGGCCCUAACCUGGACGGUAACCCAGUCCCUGACAGUGAAACCAGCUCUGGCCCUAACCUUGACCGUAACCCAGUCCCUGACAGUGAAACCAGUUCUGGCCCUAACCUUGACCGUAACCCAGUCCCUGACAGUGAAACCAGUUCUGGCCCUAACCUUGACCGUAACCCAGUCCCUGACAGUGAAACCAGUUCUGGCCCUAACCUUGACCGUAGCCCAGUCCCUGACAGUGAAACCAGCUCUGGCCCUAACCUUGACCGUAAUCCAGUCCCUGACAGUGAAACCAGCUCUGGCCCUAACCUUGACCGUAACCCAGUCCCUGACAGUGAAACCAGCUCUGGCCCUAACCUUUACCGUAACCCAGUCCCUGACAGUGAAACCAGCUCUGGCCCUAACCUGGACGGUAACCCAUUCCUUCACAGUGAAACCAGCUCUGGCCCUAACCUUGACCGUAACCCAGUCCCUGACAGUGAAACCAGUUCUGUCCCUAACCUUGACCGUAACCCAGUCCCUGACAGUGAAACCAGUUCUGGCCCUAACCUUGACCGUAACCCAGUCCCUGACAGUGAAACCAGUUCUGGCCCUAACCUUGACCGUAACCCAGUCCCUGACAGUGAAACCAGUUCUGGCCCUUACCUUGACCGUAACCCAGUCCCUGACAGUGAAACCAGCUCUGGCCCUAACCUUGACCGUAACCCAGUCCCUGAUAGUGAAACCAGUUCUGGCUCUAACCUUGACCGUAACCCAGUCCCUGACCCUGAUCAUAACUUGGAAUGCAUAAAUUUGUACAAAGAAAAAGUCUCGGCACAGUCUCUCUCAUCUGACAUAACUUAUGGGCCGAAGACUGGUUUGGAUGAUUUGUUUAUUGACGUUGUUAUUCACACUGAACGAGCUCGUCACAACUUUCCGACCAAAAUGGAUAGACAUGAAAUAUUUGAUGUCUACAUGAAAGUUCCCGAUGAUUCUAUACGUCUGGAAAAGGUAAAAGAUUUAUUUUAUCCCAACAAGGAUACUGAAGGAAAUCGUCCUCGUAAAAUUCUAGCGGUCGGCCGGCCUGGAAUAGGAAAGACUGUCUUGACGGAAAAAAUCAUGCGCGAUUGGGCGAAACAAAUUGAUGAAUUUUAUUCCGGUAUGAUUGCCUUCCAUUUUAAAUUUAGAUUGUUUAAUCGACCUGAGUGGCACCACGAUAAUCUUAAGAAUUUCCUUCGUUUUGGCACGGCGUGCGAUGAAGAAUUUGAAAGAAUUUUUGAUUACAUAACUAAAGAACCAGAAAAAGCUCUUCUUAUUUUUGAUGGUUUGGACGAGUUUGAUGGCAACAUCAAAGACUGCUUAGACCAAGCAGUGCGUCAAAACAGCCCUGAUAUUUGUAUGCCUGCCAUUUCGUUGUUUAUUAAAUUGAUUUCUGGCCACUUUCUGCCUGGGGCAACGAUUCUGGUUACAACUAGACCAACCGCAUCUGAUUACUCGAAAUUGAGAUUCGAUAGAACUGUGGAGAUUAUUGGUUUCACCUCGGAGAAAAUUGAGCAUUACGUGAUCAAAUUUUGUGAAAAUCAUAAUAGAAGUUACCUGAAACCAGAGAUGUGGAACCACAUAAAUUCCUCAUCGGACUUGUUAAAUUUAUGUUACAUCCCAGUGAAUUCCUUCAUAGUUUCCACCGUACUGUUUAAAUAUUUCACUGAUCGUAGUAACGAGACCGCUGUUCUUCCAACAACACUGACUGAACUAUAUCAGGCCGCCAUAAAGCAUUUUGAUAAGGAUCACUACAGGAAGACAGACGGACCGUCUUCUAAAAUGGUAGUCAAGAAUCUUCAAUCCUUAGCAUACAAAGGUAUUCUACAUGGGCAACUGGUUUUCAAUGAAGAAUUAUUUGAUGAAGAAAUGAGAAGGUCUGGUUUAUUGAACAAGUUGUCCAACCCUAUUCACCCCGCAAUUCAAGAACAGUUUUGCUUCAUUCAUUUGACUGUACAAGAAUUUCUUGCUGCAAAACACGUGACUGAAAAGCAAUCUCUAGAAGAAAUAAAGAAUUUUAUCUGUUCCAACGUUAAGGAUGGUAAAUGGCAUUUAGUGCUUCAAUUUAUUGCUGGAAUUUUGGGCCAGAAAAUAAAGACGUGUGGGGAAGAAUACCAGCGCUUCAAAGAUUGUGUUUUGGCGUUUGCAGAAAGUUUCAGAGUAGAUGAGGGUGAACUUGCUUUCGGUGCUGAUUAUGUUUCAUUGUUUGUGAUGAAAUGUUUUAGGGAAGCGGGUGAUGAAGAUAUUGUUAAAGAGGCUUGCGAAAGAACUGCUAUAAAUGUUGGACGUCUAUCCUACGACCCUCGGCAUGAUGACAAUCAUUUCCUUUCCUCAAGUGAGUGGGCCGCUGUCAUUUUCGUUUGUAAAUGCAUCAAGGAAUUGAAAGUUAUAGAGAUAGUGGCGCCCGAUUGGAGUGAGGAAUGUUACAGGGAAUUUUGUGUAUUGCUACAACAAAGAUGUAUAAAAGAAUUGGUGUUGGUGCGACCUAGUAUGCUUAUGGGAGAUAGAAUUUUCUCUUACUUUAUUUCCCUUUUUCCAGGAGGACUUCUCUUCAAGGCUCUUAAAAACUUGAAGUGUACAUUGGACCACGAGCACAGCAAGCUUACCAAAUUAAAUGUUCGCGGACUUUUCACGUGGGAUGAAAAUUUGUCGAUGAUAGUGGAAUUUUUUGAACACGGACAUGCAAGUUGCCUUAAAACAUUAGGCCUAGGAAAAUGUCGCUUAACUUUAUUAGAAAUAGGCGUAAUAUGCAAAGUCCUCGACAACAAACUUUGUCCUGAACUUACAUGUCUUGAUCUUUUUGGCAAUAUGUUUCGUGAUGAUGGUGUAAGAGUGUUGUGUAAUGCUCUUAUUAAAUGUCAUCAUCUGAAGCUUACUGGACUGAAUCUUCAUUCGUGUUUACUGACUGAGAAAUGCAUACCUUCGCUAUGUGAACUAUUUAAAGAUGAACAUUGCAAACUGACGCACUUGGAUAUAGGAUAUAAUCAGGGUAUAAGUGAUAAAGGUGUUCGUAUGUUGUGUGAAGAUGUUUUAACAAAUGAACAUUGCAAGUUGGCUGAGUUGAACCUUGGUUCCUGUUCAUUAACAGAUCAAUGUAUACCCUGGUUAAGCAAGGCACUGCUAGAUAAACGCUGUGUAAUUAAUCGUUUAGGGAUAAGUCAAAAUAAUUUUACUGCGAAUGGAAAAAACUCUCUUCGUGAAUUAGAAGCAAAUCAAGAUUGUAAAGCAAGAGGUUUAGUAAUUUACUGCAGGGACCCUGAUGUCAUCUUUAGCAUCAACAUGUCGGGAACUGACUAACAGAUAAGCACAUAAAACACCUUAGGGCAAGCACAAAUUGCACAAUAUCAUAUAACAUAUUAAUUAAGGGGUGGAUUUUUUAAAUUUAGUUAGUUAGUGUGUGACACGCGAGAAGCGCGGACGAAAACCUUGUGAUUUUAGUACAUAUUCUUUAUUAAAUUUUGUUGUUUGAGACCUUGUGACUUGUCGGGGACAUCAGUUUGGGGGCGACAUUCCCGAUAAACAGAGACAUUAUCAAACUUCUCAAUAUCAAAAAAGGACAUCAUUAAAUCAACCAUUAGGACAGAGAGGGCUAGACUUUGAACUACCAAAUGUCAAAACAAAAUAGUUCAAACAUGUGUUUAACAAUAUUAAUAAAUUGUCUUUUAAAAUUUGUA